AACAGAACUGGAUUCUGAUGUAGUUGAUGAACCUGCUCUUCUGUAUAAACGGCAGCCAGGGGACUGAAUGAUUCUGUGGCCUAAAUAUUGAGUUUUUUCCAGCCACUAAUGUAGACGGUGGGCAGUGAUUGGGGCUAAAUGCUUUAAAAACUGGGUUUUGUGCUCAUUCAUUGUCUAGGCAUCAGAUCCUGUGGACAUUUCAGCUCAGGCCAACAGGAUUACUGUGUUUCGGGGGGUGAUGGAUCCCGCUUGCAGUAUGUACCAAAAGCUCCCUUUAAGGAGAAGAUCAUGCAGCUCUACGACCUCCUCCAACUCGUCCACCUCGCCUCAGAUGUUUUAUUCUUCUCAAGGACGUGUAGGUUGGAAUCUCGCAGCUGGACACACCAGCUGGAAAUCGCGCAGCUUCACUUCCAGUCCCAGUGGACAGAGCACCAGUAACAGCAGCAGUUCAUGGGCCUCUAGUUGGGAUAGUAUGAGCUCAGAGGCAACUACAUGCCUAAAGCUUAACACCAACGGAUGCCAUCAAGUAGAGCAAUGUUGCGACCAACCAAAAGGACCCAAUACCAAAGCAGGGAGCUGCCAGCAGGGGGCAGUGUUGACCAGUGUGGAAGAAGGGAGGAGCUCCACCAAAGGUGUCAAUAUGACCUCUGGACAGGCCGUGUCGCAUUUGGCUGUGUUACAGCAUCAACUGGAACUAAAAAUCGAAGCCAAAUUGAAGUUCUCACAGUUCCUGGAUGAAGUGAGCAGCCGAGUCCUUUGCCCUACCAACCCGUUCGUGUUGUCCAAGCAGACUGAAUCCUCCAGGUCUAACUCUUCCAUCUCCAGUCACAGUAGCAAGUCCAGGAUCCCAGACCCUCAACAGCAGCUGUUGGACGUGGACUUUUCUCAGAGCCCAGAUCAGCUGAAGAGCAUCCAGUCCGUGGAUGGGAUGCAGGAAGAACAAGGUGCUCCAGAGACUCUAGAAAAAGCCUACCUGGAGACAGACAUCGACUGUGUGCGAAGAGAGGAUGAGAUAAAGGAAGUGAAGACCAAGAAAGAGACGGCCAUCACAUUUGAGAGCAACGGGAGAAAAGAAGUUAAGACUACUACAGAAUGUCUUCCAAACCCCAUCCAGAGAAUCAGACCUUUGAGCCCGCUGCUCUACAGAGGGGAAACCCUCACUAAAUAUCCUUCCCGAUCUGUUUCGCUUCCCAGGGACAUCAACAUGGCUCCUGAUGAGGAGAUGCAGACCAUAAGCUCUCUGCAGGAACAAAAAGAAGACCUGCGCAAACGUCUCUCCUACACCACUCAUAAGCUGGAGCUUUUAGAGCGCGAGUUUGAUUCCACGAGGCAGUACCUGGAGACCGAGCUGCGCCGAGCCCAGGAGGAGCUUGACAAGUUCACCGACAAAUUACGCCGAAUACAGAGCAGUUACUCGGCACUGCAGAGGAUCAACCAGGACUUAGAGGAUAAAAUCCACCAAAAUUCACAGCACCACGAUGAUGAGAAACGGGCUCUUAGCAGAGAAAUCAUCGUCCUUAACAAUCAUCUCAUGGAAGCUAAGAUGACCAUUGAGAAACUGAGAGAGGACAAUGACUUGUACAGAAAGGACUGUAACCUGGCUGCACAGCUCUUGCAGUGCAAUAAGUCACAUUACAGAGCCCAGUUAUCUGAGUUGCCUGCAGAGUUUCAGGAGCGUGUAAGCUUGCACAUGGAGGGUUCUUCUAUCUGCCAUUCCCCGUAUGCCGACACAGUGCCUGCCUCUGUCAUUGCUAAGGUCCUGGAGAAACCAGACGAGGUCUGCGGCAGUCAAGCCUCUCGCUCACCCAGCCCACAACCCAAGGAACGGCAGGGAUUCCUUGUGGGCACAAGCCUUGUGGGUAGCACUGAGCGCCUUGGCCUCCGAGCUACUUACAAGUCAGACCUGCAUAGCAGUGAUACAGCACUUUAUUGCCCUGAUGAACGGAGACGAGAGCGCAGACCCAGCAUGGACCUCCAUGGACAGCGGAAAGUGUAUGAACCCCAGAACUCCACUGACAGCAACCCAGAAGAGGGAUCCAUGUCCCUGCAGCCUGGCUUCUCCCAGGACUUCAGAAAGUUUACAACCUCUCUGGGAGGAGGCUCUAGCUCUUACUCAAGUUUUAGUGGAGGAGGAUCAGAGGACAAGGGUCAGGAUCCUCCAAGCAGUGCUGCAUCUUCUCCGCGCCACCAAGCUCUUUACAUGGACUGGAGGGAUGGAGGUGAAUACGAGCACAAGAGUGACUCUUCCUGGGAGAGGGAGAGUCCAAGCGCCUUUACGAAGGCCCACACUUUUCAACAGCCUGAGUCUAGCCACCAUCAGAAUGGAAGCUCACCCAUCUACAGCAGAACAAUGUCUUCCUGUUACAGUGAACCUUAUGAGCCCCUGCCACCUUCCACCUCCCCCAGCAUCACCUAUGGUGACAGUCGCCGUGGAAGUGCUUUUAAUCCUGAGGAGGAAGAGCUGAUUGGUCGUUGGAGGCAACUGAGUGUGGAGGACCUGAGUGCCCACUCAUACCGUAGUCCCGGCCGGGCAUCACCCUACAGCUUCUCUGAGCAGCACUUCUCAGUCCGGCCUGCAAAAAUCCGUCUUGGUCCUCUCUACAGUAGCUUUCAGGAAGGUACUGAUGUAUACCACCAUCAUGCCGGGGUAGUAGAUCCCUUCUCUAGCCCCAGCCCUGAUUGCAGCCCAGGCUUACGGCAGCAGCAAAGCCAACCUCACCUUUACCACUCCAAGGAGGAUAGCCAAGAGUCUGAGCACAGCCUCUACAGCCCCAAAGAUGGUGCGGUGGCAGCUGGGGGCCAGGCAACAGAGUAUGUUGACGUAAGUCCCAACAGUUCAAAUGAGUCACUGGACCAUGGAUCUCUGGAGAUGGCUGCUGAGCUGCAGCAUUACCAACCCGAGAGGCACAGCAUGUCCCCUCAGCGAACCACUCCACCACCCCCUCCACAACAACCGUACCAAAAAUUUGGCACACUAGGACUGUCAAGAAAGGACAGUCUCACCAAGGCACAGCUCUAUGGUACUCUACUAAACUGAGAGCAGAGUUUCCUGGUAGCUCUCUUUCAUGGAUCUGUAGUACUCUACUAAACUAAGAGCAGGGUUUCCUAGUUCCUCUCUUUUGUCAGUAGGUUUUGAAUGUUAAGCUACAGUUUGAGGCAAACAUUUGAUGGGAUUUUCUCUUGAAUAUUUUCAGUCCAUAAGCUCUCUUAUCUUUUUUCCCCUCUAUUUCUGUAUCUGUUACAGUGUUUUCUAAACAUCGAACAUAAUUUGCUCAUGUUUCUACAGUUAAUAUGAAGCUCUAACACUCAGCACUAUUUGUAUAGCCUAUUUUGAAAGUUUAUUAAUGGUUCUGUGUGGUUUUUGGAAAGUAUUUUAAGUACAUUAGAUGCAUUAUGAAUUUUUCAAACUUGUCUGCAGAGAGAGAGAGAGAGAGAGAGAGAGAGAGAGAGAGAGAGAUAGAUUAACUUUGUCUUACCAAAAGCCUUCUGGGCUCAUAAGGGUUUCUGAAUGGACAACACAUGCUUUGUAAAAAAGAAAUGCUAAUUUUGACAAGAAAUUUGAACUUUUAUUUAAUUUAUAAAUAGCUGUAUUUAAUGUUAAGUAUGCUAUAUCUAUAACUGUUUAAUAAAUGUAACACUAUGGAGAGACUGACAAAUCUAUAUAAUUGUAAAUGAUUUAUAUUGCUAUUAAUAAGGACGUCAGCACAAUUACACGCUGCAAACUACGGUGCCUGUGAGAGGACAUGGUCUGUUCACUUAGUUUUGUCACUGCCACGAAAUAAUAAUUCGUGGGAAUGUGAUUAUGUGUCGUGGGCACGAGAUAUUAAUUUGUGGGAACGUCAUCAUGUCGUGGCCUCAAGAUGCUAUGUUGAGGAAACGACAUCCACUUCUCUUAUGUUGAGGGAGCGGCAUAUUUUUCUCGUGGCCACGAGUUUAAUGCGUAAACAAACCUGCGUGACAAUAGAAACCCAGGAUUAUCAGAGAUGUAUUAAUUAUAAUAUUUUAUUUUUAAUUAAGAAAAUAUUAUAUUAUUUAUUAUAGCAUGCCAGUGGCUGCCCUAGAGUGGUGCUAUAGCCCUAUCAGAAACUUGCUUAGCCCCUAGAUUCAUUAGUAAAUGAAAACACAACAGGCUCAUUUAUCAUUUAUCUGACAAUUAUGCCAAUAAAGUUUUGACAUGAUGUGAUGAUAAAUAAGCGUGUUGUGUUUUCAUUUACAAAUGAAUCUGUUUAUUAAUUCCUUAUUAUAACAAUUAUUUAUUCAAUUUAUUAUUUAUUCGUGAUAAACUUCAUUUGAAUGCUGACUAUCACACCCAAUAAAGUCCCGUAGCCAAGGCAUAUGGUUAUUAUAAUAGUUUAAUAAUGAAAUAUUUUCUAAAAUAAAUAAUAUAAUAAUUUCAUAAUUUAAAA